UUUCAGUAACAUUGUUUUCUCUUUCAAUUUGUAUAAUCCUAUCCCUAAAGAGAUUGAAAACUAUGAACAUGCCACUCCCAGCCUCCUUGGGACUUGACACAUCCUCCUGGGAUCAUCUCAGAGGGGACUGACUGUGCCGGCACCAUGGAGGCGGUGCUGAUCUUUCUAUGCAGCCUGUUGGCCCACAUUGUCCUGGCCGAUGCAGUUGAGAGGGAGAAGCAAAUUGACCCUUUUCAUUAUGACUACCAGACCCUGAGGAUUAGGGGGUUGGCAUGUGCUGUGGUCCUCUUCUCCAUUGGGAUCCUCCUUAUCCUAGGUUGCAGAUGCAAGUGCAGUUUCAAUCAGAACCCCAGGACCCCAGGAGAGGAGGAAGCCCAGGUGGAGAACCUCAUCACUGCAAAUGCAACAAAGCUCCAGAAAGCAGAGAGCUGAAUG